GAGCAGCCAGCUUUAUAAAAGCUAGACGACUGUGGAACGAGCAUAAGUCUGUCUGAGAAUGAUGGCAAGAAUACAGACAACUUUAAUUUGCCUCCUUCUCCCCUGUCUCCUUCAGGAUUCGUUAAGUAGACAUGUCCCCCAUGAAGGUGGCCAUGCUUUGCAACCUCGCAUCCAGAGAGACAUAAAGAAUGUAGAUCCCCCUGUGGUGUUACAGGGGCCAAUAACUCAUGGAACGGAUGUAGACGCAAUCCUCCGGAAGCACAAUAUCACUUUACCAAAUGGCUACCUUGGUCAGUGCACUGUUGUGAACAGCUGUGAGGGUCUGAAAGAGCAACUGGAGGACACAAACAGACAAUUGCAUGAGAAAACCAGCCACACCAUUCAACUGGAACAAGAAGUGUUUAAACUGAAGUUCACAGUGAGACAGUUGAGAGUGAAGUCUGCAACCUGCGGUCUGGAAACAUCAGAUCACAUUGCCAAACUGCAAGCUCAGUUGGAGGAUAAGAUGAGUCAACUGGAACAGAUGUCGCAUGACAAUGGAAACCUGGUUCUGAGGAUCACAGCUCUUACCUAUGAAGUGAAUGAAUUACAGAAGAAGAACACAUCCACCUCAACUUCCACCAAGAUCACUGACCUACUGAGCCAGCUGUAGGAAAAGAACAAACAAUUGCAGUUUAAAACAGAACAACUGGAAAAGAACAGUCACAGUUCUCAACGUAUUCUUGAGAUUAUUAAACUGCAGACCCAGAUCUGGGAGUUAGAGAAAACAAAUCACAGUCAGGAGACUUUAACCCAAAUCACUGUUCUACAGAGACAACUGGAUGCCAAGAUCAAUGAACUGGAGAGCAACUCCGAACGGAGUGAUGACUCCAAAAUAGUGGUGAUGAUGAUCACAUUAGAGAAUGAGAUUACAGAGCUACAGAAAAGGAUCUCGGAGCUCACUGAGGAAUCCAAAACUAAAAUGACUGAUCUACAGAGGCAACUGAAGGAGAUGAAACAGCAACUAAUUGACAAGAUAUUACAACUGCCUGACAACAACACUAACACUGAACUAACUGAGGAGAUUUUAGCGUUGCAGAAUGCAAUAAAUAACCUAUACAUACAAAUAUCAAACCUACAAAAGAAGACCAAUGCCCAACAUGCAGAGCUGCAGAAGAAUUUAAACAACAAGGAAAAACAACAAGAAGCUUGGAAGAAACAACUGAAGGGGGAGGACGAGACUAGCGUACAGCUGAUUAUGAAGAUAAUUUAUAUAAUGAGGGAACAGAGGGAUUUACAGAUAGAAACAACACAGCAGAUGCAGACAACAGCAGCCCAGAUCACUGCACUUCUGCAACAAGUUCAGGACAAAGAGGAUGAGAUUGACAGAGUUCAGGCUGAAAACAAAGACCUGCAGAAACAGCUGAAGGAGAAUAAUGCAACGUGUUUCAGUCUCGAGAACAAAUAUGACCGGGUGAGGGGUGAAUUAGAGGACAAGAUAAACUUACUUAACAGUCAAAAUUCAGGCAUCUCCAAACUAGUUCUAAGUAUCGUGGCUCUGAAUGAUGAAGUAAAGUGGCUGAGGACUCAAAUCAUUUCUCCAGAAGCCGCAGACAAGAUCGAUGAGCUGCAGAAGCAACUGGAGCAGAAAAACCGAGAACUAAAAACGAAGAGCAACGAACUGCAGGAAAAAAGUUCAAACGGACAAAGGAUUCUGAGAAUAAUUGAGGUGCAGAAUCUGAUAUGGGAGUUCCAGAAAGGAGUGGAUACUCAGAGCAACAUUUACCAGAUUGCAGUGCUACAGAAAGAGCUGAAUGACCUGACUGCUGAAAUGGAGGACAAGGCCGAUGACGACUCAAAACUGGUUCUGACGAUAACCACAUUACAGAGUGAGGUGGUCAACCUACAGAGAAUGCUGUCAGCUCUCAGUCAGUCAACCGCAGCCCAGAUAGUUCGGCUGGAGAAGCAGUUGGAGGAUAAGAAGAAGCAGUUGGCCAAGCUGGUUGAGCAAAGUGGAAAGGGUCCAAAAAUGUCAAACCUUGAGAAUCAAAUAAGUGAAAUAGAAAAGAGAAUAGCAGAGCUAAAAGAAGAAAAUCCUGAAGCCAAGAUCACUGAGCUGACAACACAGCUUAAGGAAAGCGAGAGGCAGCUUGAGGAGAACAUAAAAAGACUGAAGAAGAAAGACAGCAAGAAUUCUUACCUGAUUAUGCAAAUUCUUCAUCUACAAAGGAAACUCAGAGACAUACAAAAUGCUGCAUCUCAGCAAUUCAAUGAAACUGCUGCUGAUGUUACUGCGCUCCAGGAACAACUAGAGGCCAGAGAGGAAGAGAGCGCCAGAUGUCAGGCCCAGAACAAAGACCUGGAGAAGAGGCUGGGCGAUAAGGAUGCACAGUGCUCUGGACUCCAGGACCGAUAUGACAAUCUGCAAGAUAAGCUUGGUUCUGCAAUGAAUAAACUGGACAAUGUAACUGGAUACAACGACAAACUCGUUCUUGAGGUAUGGACCCUGACUAAUGAGGUAGACGAUCUAAAGAAGAGAACUGUGACUUCUGCAACUAAGAUCAAUGGUGAGUAUCACUGUUGCCGCGCAUUAUUCCUGGCAAAUCAUGUUUGUUUUGAAAGAUAUACAUAUGUUAGCAUUGAUCCUGUCAUGAUUUUUACUUGUCUUUCAGAGCUCCAAAAGUUGCUGGAUGAAAAGAUCAAAGAACUGGCAAAGAAAACACAGGAACUGGAGGAUAACGCUCCUCAACCAGAGAACGUUCUAAGGAUCAUUGCAAUACAGAAUGAGAUCUUGAACCUGCAGAAAGGAGUUAGCAAUGGGACAAACUUUGACCAGAUUGCUGCACUUGAGAAUGAACUGGAUGCAUUGAUUGCCACAAUCGAGGAGAAGAACAAUGGCAACUGUAAACAGAUUCUGCAGAUCAUUGCACUCCAAAAUCAAGUGACAAGAUUGCAGAGGCAAGAGUUAGAGUUCAAUCAGUCAUCUGAGGCCAAGAUUGCUGAGCUAGAGAAUCAGCUACAGGAGACGAGAGACCAGCUGAAUGAAAAGAAAGACGAGCUGAAAGAAACUGACAGUAGAAUUCCACAACUCAUUGCAGAGAUCAUGGGACUUCGUAACAAACUGACAGAGUUAGAAAGAACAUUAUCAGAGCUCAAACGGACAAGUGCUGACAAGAUGGAAGAUCUACAGAGUCUACUGAAGCAGAAGAGCAAGCAGCUUGAAGAAAACACUACACAACUGAGGGCUGUAGAUGCCAAAAAUGCAGAACAGAUUCUGAAGAUCAUUGAACUACAGAAACAAAUGAAUGAGAUACAGAUUGAAGAUUCAAAAGGCAAAGAUGAAACUGCAUCAGAAAUCUCUGCGCUUCAGGAACAACUAGAGGCCAGAGAGGAAGAGAGCGCCAGAUGUCAGGCCCAGAACAAAGACCUGGAGAAGAGGCUGGGCGAUAAGGAUGCACAGUGCUCUGGACUCCAGGACCGAUAUGACAAUCUGCAAGAUAAGCUUGGUUCUGCAAUGAAUAAACUGGACAAUGUAACUGGAUACAACGACAAACUCGUUCUUGAGGUAUGGACCCUGACUAAUGAGGUAGACGAUCUAAAGAAGAGAACUGUGACUUCUGCAACUAAGAUCAAUGAGCUCCAAAAGUUGCUGGAUGAAAAGAUCAAAGAACUGGCAAAGAAAACACAGGAACUGGAGGAUAACGCUCCUCAACCAGAGAACGUUCUAAGGAUCAUUGCAAUACAGAAUGAGAUCUUGAACCUGCAGAAAGGAGUUAGCAAUGGGACAAACUUUGACCAGAUUGCUGCACUUGAGAAUGAACUGGAUGCAUUGAUUGCCACAAUCGAGGAGAAGAACAAUGGCAACUGUAAACAGAUUCUGCAGAUCAUUGCACUCCAAAAUCAAGUGACAAGAUUGCAGAGGCAAGAGUUAGAGUUCAAUCAGUCAUCUGAGGCCAAGAUUGCUGAGCUAGAGAAUCAGCUACAGGAGACGAGAGACCAGCUGAAUGAAAAGAAAGACGAGCUGAAAGAAACUGACAGUAGAAUUCCACAACUCAUUGCAGAGAUCAUGGGACUUCGUAACAAACUGACAGAGUUAGAAAGAACAUUAUCAGAGCUCAAACGGACAAGUGCUGACAAGAUGGAAGAUCUACAGAGUCUACUGAAGCAGAAGAGCAAGCAGCUUGAAGAAAACACUACACAACUGAGGGCUGUAGAUGCCAAAAAUGCAGAACAGAUUCUGAAGAUCAUUGAACUACAGAAACAAAUGAAUGAGAUACAGAUUGAAGCUUCAAAAGGCAAAGAUAAAAGUGCAUCAGAAAUCUCUGAGCUACAGGAACAACUUAAGGCCAAGGAGAAGCUGAAUGCAAGACUUGACUCCAAAAACAGAGAGCUGGAGAAAUUUCAGAAGGAAAUGAAAAUGGAAUGUGAUGAAAUCCAGCACAGGUGCAAAGAGGUACAGCUUCAAACGGAUCAAAACCAAGAGGACUUGCGUAAAAUGCAGCAGCAAUUGCGAGAGAAGGAGGCAGCCUUCAAUAGACUGCAGCAGCAACUCAGAGACAGCAAGGAUGACAAUGCCAGACUACAGGAGAGAAAUAAGAGUUUGCAAGAGGAGAAUGACAAACUCAAGAUGAAUUUACAAGAUCUUGUGGUAGAUCCAGAAACGGUUGUCCAUAGCACUAAGGUGGCCUUCGACCCGGACACAGCCCAUCCUAAAAUCAUUCUGUCAACGGAUGAGACAGUAAUGUCUGUAGCACAACAGCGACAGAAUGUCCCCAACGAUCCAGGGCGGUAUGACUUGUCUCUUGCUGCUCUUGGAAAGACUGGGUUUAACAGGGGGAGAAAUUACUGGGAGGUUGAAGUGGCUGGGAAGACAUGUUACAAUAUCGGAGUUGCCAGAGGAUCAGCUAAUAGGAAGGGGCAGCUGAAACUAAAACCAGCAGAAGGCUACUGGACCAUAAUCUUGACAAAACAAGGUGUGCUCAAAGCCCUUGCAGCUCGGCCACUUGAUAUUCAGCUGCCUGCGGUCCCCCAGAAGUUUGGAAUACUUUUAGACUACAAGAAGGGAGAGGUCUCUUUCUACAAUGCAGAUACCAGGUCUCUUCUCCAUACAUUCACAGGCAAUAGAUUCACAGAUAAACUAUAUCCAUUCUUCAAUUCCUGUCUGGAGACUAAUGAUGAGGAUGCUCCGAUUGUCUUAACUCGUGUUGGUUCGGUGUCAUGGAUAGACUAGAGAAUGCAUUUGAAAUCAAAUUAAUUUCUGUAUAAAAUCACAUUUCUUUUCAAUUUUUUUCUGUGGUAGUGAUUCAAGAUAAAGUCAUUUCAAUUAUGCAUUUUCAAUCAUUCAACAAAUAAAAUAUUGCACCUGA